AUUUAAGAUUUAAAUCAAUCAAAUAUGGGUGAUAAUCCAAUAGAUGUUUUUAAGGAGGAGAUGGAAAAUGAGGAAGUUUAUCUAAAAGUCAAUGCAAUGCAUAGAGUUAGAGUUAUUGCAACCCUUUUAGGAAUAGAUAAAAUAAAAUCUGUUCUUUUGCCAUAUUUUGAAAGUAAAAUAUAUAUAUGAUAAUUAAUUUCAGCAUUAAUGAAGAAAGAAGAUGAUGAAGUUUUAUUUGCAAUGGCAGAAGAGUUGGGCUAUAUUGCGUAUUUUUGAAUAGGUUUAUUUAGUCAAAUAAUUCAAUAAUAAUCUAUAUGUUUAUUGCCGAUUUUAGAAUAAUUAGCUGGAUUUGAUGAGACUGUAGUACGAGAGCAAGCUGUAAAAUCAAUAAUAAUUGUAUGUGGGUAUUUGGGAGAUAAUGAAAUUGCUAACAACAUUGUUCCUAUGGUAACAGUAUUUAAAUAUAUUAUUAGAUUAUAAAAUUAGCAUCAAAUGAAGCCAAUUUUACAUGUAGAGUUUCAGCUGUUAGUUUAAUGUGUCCUAUGUAUGCAAGGUCUGGAAAUUAAAAGGAAAAAUUGAGAUAGUAUUUUAAAUGAAUUUAAGUUUUUAAGAAAAUUUAAUGAAUUAUGUAGCGAAGAAACACCAAUGGUUAGAAGAGCUGUAGCAAAUAAAAUUGGUGAAAUUGCAUAAUUUAUGGAUAAGAAUCAUGUUAUAGAAGUUUUAAUAGCUGUUUUAAAAUAAUUAUGUUAAGAUGAAUAGGAUUAAGUUAGAUUAUUAUGUAUGGAAAGCAUAAUGAAUAUCGCUAAGAUUUUAGGUAUCAAUGAAAAUAAAACAAAUAUUCUACCAUUGAUAAUAUCUUCAGCAGAGGAUAAAUCAUGGAGAGUAAGAUUGGCAUUGUCAAAGAUAUUUGCAGAGGUACAAUAUUUAGAUGAAAUAUAAAGUUAGCAGAUGCGGUAGGAAAGGAGAUUGCUGAUUCUUCAUUAAUUUAGAUAUUUUCAAAUUUAUUAAAAGAUCCUGAAAGUGAUGUUAGAGUAAUAGCAGUGAAAAGUUUGGCCAAAUUUAUUAAGUUUGUAUCUCCAGAGAAACUUACUCUAAUAAUUCCAUUAUUAUAGUUAUUAGCAAAGGAUGCAUUUGCAUAAGUCAAAUGUAUAAAUAUAUAAUAUUGAUAAUUUAUAGAGAAUGCUUGUUUAGUAAUUGGAUAGAUAGCUACAAUUUUACCUAGGGAAAAUAGUUAAAACAAAUUACAAUCAUAUUUAAUUGAAUUGAUGAGUGAUGAUAAUUAAGAUGUAAGAAAAAAUGCAGCAUAAUCAGUUGGAGUAUUUGCUGCUGCUAUAGGUCCUGAUGCAAUAGGACAAUUCAUUCCUCAUUUAAAAAAAGGUAUGGAGGAUCCAAAAUGGAGAGUUAGAAAAGAAAUUAUGUAAACUGUUAUCCAAUUAGCAUUGUAAUUAUUAUUUAUCAUAUUUAGAACAAUAAAAAAUACAGAUGUAUUUUUAAAAUAAUUAGAACCUGUAUAUGUUAUGUUCUUGAAAGAUAGAGCAGCUGAAGUAAGAACUAUAGGUUUGAGUAGAUUAAAUGACCUAAUUUAAACAUAUAAAAUUGAUUGGGCAUUAGGAAGCUUUUUUUCUAAAUGUGUUGAAACACUUAAUAAAGAUGUUGGAUUCUUAUACAGAAUAAAUGCUUUAUAUGCAAUCUAAUAAAUUGGAUUUGUGGCUGAUGGACCAAUGAUUUAAGAUAAGUUAUGGCCUAUUGUCCACAAAUGUCUUAAAGAUAAUGUUCCUAAUAUUAAAUUUGUUAGUAUAAAGGUGGCAAAAUCUCUAACAAAAAGAAUUGAACAUUAAGGUACUCUAAAUCAAAUAAAAUAGUAAGUUAUUAAUAAUAUUAUAGAGCUAUUAAUGAGUUGACAGAUGAUAAUGAUAGAGAUGUUAAAUUUUAUGCUUAGGAAGCUUUACAAUAUUGAAAUAAUAC